AAAUUAACGAUCAAUCGAAAUGAUUCCGACCGCGCCUGAAGUUGCCAUCAGUCAAAAUUUCUACGACAUGCCCGUAACGCGUAAAAUGAUCAAACCUUAAAAGGGCAGAAAUCUCGUUCGGCCAAACCGUCAAGCAAAAUUCUUGGACACCGUACAAAGGGACCAGUAAACCCGUUUGCCGACGUUAACGACCACCGUACUCGAUAAAUUCGCAACGUCGUAAACUACCCGAAGGUUAUGCGAUGCAAAGUGAACCCGCGCGAUCGUUUAGAAACUUGGUAACUUCCUAACUGACAGGAGAUUUCGCAACGAAAAUUCAACGUAACCAGACUCGAAUAAUAGCGUUUUGCUGAAAAAAAGAUUUACAUCGUUCAUUCCUUGUAGAUCUCUGUCGAACGUCUCGCGUCGUUUGAUUUCCCGUUUCUGUAAAAUUCUUGGACGUCAAAACGAACGCUAGAGGUAUGAAAGGUACGAUGAGAAGAGGGACGAAGUGUGUCGCGCAGACUAUCAAUCUGUCCAAUCCGGAAACAUGCAUAAGACCGAAGAGGAUUCAGAAGCUGGUCCAGUCGGAUCCGACGCGGCCGUGUCCCAAUGUCUCCGCUGGAUCCACGUCCUAUUGGACUCCACGGCCGGUGGCCAUUAAAAUCUGCUCACGGAAGGACAUGCAGAGAACUUGCCCGCCCAAGCUGUGCGACUGUCCCCAAAAAGCACCGCCGAAGUCGGUGGCACAGAAACUCUGCUCGACUCUGAUCUUUCUUCUGAAGAGCGGGAUCGCGGCUGGUCUCGUUUACUGGACGCAUUCCGAGGGCUUGUGGGGUAGCAGCGAGGACGUCGAGGACUUGUAUCGUAGAAUAGUGUCCACUAUUUGCACCAGCAAUGACUACGAUGAAAUCGAGUUGCCGCAUCUGCACCAGUUCAGAUAUGUGCUGAUUGAGAAGUAUAAUAAUGCAGUGUUCACCGUAAUGAACUGCAUCCUGACCGCGACGUAUAAGUUGCGCGACCAAAUCCGAAAUAUGAUGGACCCGUGUUCUCCGACGAAGCCGUGCGACGAGGCCAAGUGUCCGUGCAAGAAGCAAACAGAGUCGACAGAGUCGACAGAGUCGACAGAGUCCACGGAGUCCGUGUAAUCUUAACGUCUCACUCUUAAAAGCCUGUACGUCGUGUGCACGUUCCCGUGAACAUAUGAAAAAUCGUAAUGCACGAUGAAUUUAUAAA